CUGUCCCGCUCGGGGACACUCGCCGUGGGCAGGGCCGCCCCUCGCUGCGCCCCAGUCCCUGGGAGUCCAGGCGCCCCCCCCGCUGGAGGAAGGCCGCGCCAGGAGGCACCAUGCCCCAGACCGUGGUCCUCCCGGGCCCCGCGCCCUGGGGCUUCAGACUCUCCGGGGGCAUAGACUUCAACCAGCCUUUGGUCAUCACCAGGAUUACUCCAGGAAGCAAGGCGGCAGCUGCCAACCUGUGUCCUGGAGAUGUCAUCCUGGCUAUUGAUGGCUUUGGUACAGAGUCCAUGACUCACGCUGAUGCGCAGGACAGGAUUAAAGCAGCAGCACACCAGCUGUGUCUCAAAGUUGACAGGGCAGACACUCGCUUAUGGUCUCCACAGGUAACUGAAGAUGGGAAGGCUCAUCCUUUCAAAAUCAACUUAGAAUCAGAACCACAGGAGGUGAACUACUUUGAACACAAGCACAAUAUUCGGCCCAAACCUUUCAUAAUCCCAGGCCGAACCAGUGGAUGCAGUACUCCGUCCGGUAUUGACGGUGGCAGUGGACGUAGCACCCCUUCUUCUGUCAGUACUCUUAGUACUAUUUGCCCAGGUGACUUGAAAGUUGCUGCUAAGAUGGCCCCUAACAUUCCUUUGGAAAUGGAACUUCCUGGUGUGAAGAUUGUACAUGCCCAGUUUAAUACACCUAUGCAGUUGUACUCAGAUGACAAUAUUAUGGAAACACUUCAGGGUCAGGUUUCAACAGCUCUAGGGGAAGCACCCUCAAUGAGUGAACCCGUCGCCUCGGUGCCCCCCCAGUCAGACGUGUACCGGAUGCUCCACGACAAUCGGGAUGAACCUACUCAGCCUCGCCAGUCAGGCUCCUUCAGAGUGCUCCAGGAACUAGUUAACGAUGGUUCAGAUGACCGUCCUGCUGGAACUCGGAGUGUGAGGGCUCCAGUUACAAAGGUCCACGGUGGUGCUGGCAGCACACAAAAGAUGCCACUCUGUGACAAAUGUGGGAGUGGCAUUGUGGGUGCCGUUGUGAAGGCGCGGGAUAAGUACCGGCACCCGGAGUGCUUCGUGUGUGCAGACUGUAACCUCAACCUCAAACAGAAGGGCUACUUCUUCGUGGAGGGGGAGCUGUACUGCGAAACUCACGCCCGAGCCCGCAUGAGGCCCCCAGAGGGCUACGACACAGUCACCCUUUAUCCCAGGGCUUAAGUCUCACGCAGACGGGAGCACGCAUGCGCUCACCCACGCGCCCUUACACGGGGGGACAUUAAUGGCUUUGAGCAGCAGUAUAGCAAACUGUUGACACCAAACCUAAAACCAAGGCUUUCAGACGUUUAUCUUAUUGUGUUCUGAGGAAAAGGAAUAGGAGGCAAAUGCCUGCUGUCACAGAAACGUACGUUCAGCUAUGUUUUGCAACUCUUUUUCUCUUUGGGGCUAGCAAUAACUUAAUGAUAUUUAAAGCAAUAAUUUUUUUGUACAUCAUACUCCGCAAUUGGCAUUUAUAUUAUGACCAUCAAACACGUAAACAUCAAGAUAUUUGGGGGAGUCUAGUCGUCUUUCCUUAACAAGCUGAUUUUGCAAUGGUAGUGAAUAUCAAAUGACAAUCUUGUGUCCUAACACAACCUGCAGUUGUCUGUUACCUGUUUUAACUGUUACAGUGCAUGGCGGGGAGAAAUUCCCUGGAUUUCUCUAGUUUCAUAUUCAAACAAUUAUACCACUGGAUGCAACAUACAUAAUAAAUAUAUAAAACAUUUUUAAAAUACCUAAUGAAGUGGCACUCAAUGAAUGCAGAUAAAAUCAACAUUCCAACAGAGGGCCCAAUCCUAUCUUGACACGUAUGCUAACAACUCAGGUAUUUUGAGAAAAAUGUGGCUUCUUUAGUUGUUAUAACUUAUCUACUCUUCCUUAUGAGCCCACAAUUUCUGCUGAUAAGAGGGGCAUUUAAAUUGGCUAGUCAAAGGUAAUUCAGUCUC